GAUCCUCAAAGGAGUCAGCUGUUUACGUAAAUCAGCCGUCAUAAGUACAUCAAACUACUCCUGAAAUAAAUUCACAUAACAGGAGCAUAAUUCGCAAAAACACUUGGACAGGAUGGCGAUAGGCGCUUUCCCGGCUGCCAAAUUAGGCGUUUUGGCUAUAAAACAAAUAAGCAAACCAAUAGCUAACGUUAUCAAAAGUAAUGCUAAGCAGAGUCCGAUAUUUCGGAAAUAUAUUUGUAUGCCACCGGCACAGUUAUACAACUGGGUUGAAGUCAAAACGAAAAUGUGGGCCAUGAACCUUGGUAAGCCGGUCGCUGUGCCACCACUUAAUGAGGCUAUGGCUAUUGAAUUGGGCGCCAAUUUACUCGGAGAAUCUAUUAUUUUUAUAAUAGGAGCUGCCGUGCUAAUAUUCGAAUACACGCGUCAAUCCAAUAAUGAAGCGAAAAAACAAGAGACGCUGCGGCAAGAGAAAGCUGAACUUGCAUUGACACUAGCCGAAAUGGGUUUCCGGCUAGAACGACAGGAUGCACAAAUCAGAGAAAUGACGCGCGCACUUGCGGAUUUAGAAUCACGAAAUAUAUUCAAGUGGACUCGUGAAACCAUAGCCGAAUACCAGCCCUUCAAUCCGAAUAAACCCGAUCAAACCAAUGUAGUGGAAAAAGACUUCGAAGGUGAUUAUGAUCCAACAGGUGGUAUGCUAUACAAGGCAUUAAAUUUUCUGGAGACGCGUAUAUUUAUUGAUGGUCGUAAGAGCAAACAGUUGGCAAAGUCUAUACCAAUUAGCAAUGUACUGGACAUCAAACCAUAUGUGCAUGUAGACAAGUCAAAUCUUGAAACAGAUCACAAAAUUAUUACCACAGAACAACAGUUGAAAAAAACGCAGGCCCAGUGACUAGCCGAACACCGUGAAAUACUGCAAGUAAAGAAUAAACUAGCCAAUUUGGAGUAUGCUGUCGAGGCGACUACAAGAGAUAUUUAAUCCAAUGCAAACUUAAGGUUUUUUUUCAUUAAUAUUAUUUAAAAACUGCGUUCCUGACUCAUACUUGUAGCAGUCAUGUAUUUUUUUUAUACUGUUUUAAGAUGUUAAUUUGCAUUUUCGCUUAAAAUGUGAUUUUUAGUUGACGAGCACAUACGCGGUGCCGCAUUUACUACGGUACCUAUGUACACGUAUGGGUAUGUGUUGUACAUUCUGGAUUUGAAAAAUGUUGUAAAUAUUGCUAAUUUAGUAGGACAAGUAAAGUGUUAUUGCUUGAAACUUGAAUAAAUAUUUUGAUUAAAGACAUUGUA